AUGUCAGUCUUCUGCCCCGUCGACACCAGCGCCUACGACAAUAUCGAGGAUGCCACGCUGUGGACGCGCAUCACGACUCGUCAUACGCACCAAGAGAUGGUCGUGGCGUUGAACACGGCCCCGGCGGUUAAGCAGACCUUCUGCCUUACUCACCUCAACGUCAUUCUGGUCUUUACUGUGGGCGAUGAGGACACUCAUACCCAACACGUCCGCACGGUCCUACAGAUGUGCCAAGACAACAAUAUGAAGGCCAAUCUCCAGGCUUGUGUCUUCAACGCACCAGACGCGGAAAAGGCCGGGUUCAGGUUCGAGAAGGUUGGCUCGGGAGACAACAGAGCGCUCAUAGUAGUUGAUCUUGGUGUUCCACCUCGUCAGAGGAGGACUUAG